UCCAUCAGCUUCGCGCUCUGCCGAGGUGGCUUUCUUGAGGCAGGUCAACAGACCUUCGCCUUCUCUGUUAUGCUUUUCAACGAGCAAGCGGCUCCGAGGAGCAAAGAAAACGUCGAUUUCUAUGAACUCCUUAUCUUCCUAAACUGUCUAGCAAAGCUAGUUUGUAAGUUAUGUUUGAGUAAGAAUUGGGUCAGAGCCGCGAACGAUGGAGCACGCCCGUGAUCCCAGCACUCAGGGAGGCAGAGGCAGGCGGAUCUCUGAGUGCGAGGCCAGGGUGGUCUACACAUUGACUGCAGAACAGCCAAGGCUACGCAAAGAAACCUUGUCUCAAAAAAAGAAAAGAAAUAAUAAUUGAGCUAUUUCUCUAAUAUCUCCGAGGGAGUUUAUCAGUGCGCCCAUCCUUUGUCUAUUCUCAUCCGAGCUAACCCUUGCCAGGAUUUCUUUCUCCCCGCAUCCUCGAUGAAGCGCGGUGUGAGGCACACGAGCCACACACAGAGGCGCUCGCCGUCAUCCCAGAAUCCUCUUCUACAAAGAGUUCCGGGCCAGCAAGGGAUGCCUAAACCCUGUCAAGCACCCCAAGGACUACAUAUGCCAAAGGGAGGUACUCAGAUAACAAAGUACUCUCCUUUCCUGAAGAACUGGCCCGGCCUGUGCAGUUAGCCCAGCAAGGCUGAGUCACCACGAACGAGAUCUAUCCACACCUUCCGUAGCGAGGAAGAGACCGUCCGCCGCGCUCCACUCACUGGAACUCACUGGACGAACUGAGCAGGCGCGGAAGGAGGUCGCCGAGGGCCUGGGCCGUUGGCCGAGGUGCUUCCCCUGGGCAGGAGCACUGAGAUUCCCAGGCAGCUCCUCAGACGGUCGAAGUCCAGGCCCGCGACUGAAAUGAACGUCUUUCCCAGGGAUGGGCACGCACAUUCGAGCUUGAAAACAAACCGGAUCGAGGCCCCGCUUGAAGGGUCUGAACUACGCUUGAUCCAUCACUCUCUAGUCCGAACUGUUCCUUAAUCUUACCUACUAUGGAAGGGACAGGAGGCCAAGUAGAGACCUCACCUAUCAGCCCAGUGAAAGAGAAGGACACCGCUCAACCUCAGCAGCGGGAAGAGAACGCCCAGAAAAACCUAGAUGCAACCAUUGAAGUUGGACAGCAGCCCCCAGGGCCUCCCGCUGAAGGCCCGGGAGUGAGGCCAGAGGCAGCAGCCAGUCAGACAGCAGAGAAUCCGCAAGAGAGUGAACACCCCGUGGCUGGGCUUGAAGGUGACUCUGCUAAAUCUCACGAGACGGCAGAACAUCUCCCAGCUUCCAAUCUCUGGUACUGCCCCGAUGGCAGUUUUGUAAAGAAGAUCACAGUCCGUGGCCAGGGCUUAGAUAAACCCAAGCUAGGCUCCCAGUGCCGAGUGUUGGCUUUGGGGUUUCCGUUUGGCUCAGGGAUGCCAGAGGGCUGGACAGAACUAACCAUAGGCAUGGGGCAAUGGAGGGACAGAAUUUGGGGGGAGCUCACAGAAAAAUGCCUGGAGUCCAUGUGUGAAGGUGAGGAAGCGGAGAUUCGUCUCCCGGGAUGCUCCACACCUCUUUUCAAGCUCAGACUGGAUUCCUUCUCUAAGGGCAGGGACUCCUGGGAGUUGGAGGCUCUGGAGAAGGAAGCCCUGGCCAGGGAAGAACACUCACGCGGCACAGAACUAUUCCGAGCUGGGGACACUCAGGGGGCCGCGCGAUGCUACGGGCGGGCCCUCCGGCUGCUGCUCACCCUGACCCCCCCCAGGCCCCCCCAGCUGACUGUCCUUUAUUCCAAUCUGGCUGCCUGCCAGUUGCUGCUCGGGCAGCCCCAGCUGGCGGCCCAGAGCUGUGACCGAGUGCUGGAGCGGGAGCCGGGCCAUUUGAAGGCCUUAUACCGAAGGGGGGUUGCACAGGCAGCCCUUGGGAACUUGGAGAAAGCAAGUGCCGACCUCAAGAAAGUUCUAGCAGUAGAUCCCAAGAACCGUGCCGCCCAGGAAGAGCUGUGGAAGGUGGUCGUUCGGGAAAAGAAACAGGAUGCAGGGCUGGCUCGGGGGCUGCGCAAGAUGUUCAGCUAAUUAAAAAGUUACACUUCAAAAGAGA